AUGCGUUUUCUCAGCAGUGCAGCCCUAUUCGGCCUGGCAUAUGCCUCCACCCAGGCCGUACUCCAGCCAGAGGAGCCGUCCGACUUCCGCACAUUCCACAGCCCAUAUUCCCCGCACCACUCAAUCCGCAUCCGCCAGCAGAAUGAAUCGCUCUGCGCUGCCCAUUCCGCCCAAUACACCGGCUGGCUCGACAUUGGCCAUAAGCAUCUCUUCUUCUGGUACUUCGAAAGCCAAAAUGACCCUGCUAAUGAUCCCCUCACUCUGUGGAUGACCGGAGGACCAGGCGGUUCCAGCAUGAUCGGUCUUUUCGAAGAGGUUGGACCAUGUUUGAUCAAUGAGUAUGGCAAUGGCACUUAUUACAACCCUUGGGGAUGGUCCCGAAACUCGUCUCUACUAUUUGUUGAUCAGCCAGUCGAUGUGGGGUUUUCGUACGUUGAUGAAGGCGAAGAACUGCCAGGUGACUCGCAUCAAGCUGCAAUUGACAUGCAUCGGUUCUUGCAGUUGUUUGUUUCCGAGGUGUUUCCGCAUUUGCAGUCCCUUCCCUUUCAUCUUUCGGGGGAGUCGUAUGCCGGUCACUAUGUCCCUUACCUCGGCAGCCAAAUCGUUCAACAGAAUAAGCUCUAUCCCAAUGAGCCCCAGGUCCUUUUGCACUCAUGUCUCGUAGGCAACGGCUACUACUCGCCUCGCGACACUGCCUACGGCUACUGGGAAACACUCUGCACCACUAACCCUGGCGUACCCGAACCGGUCUUCAACAAGACCAGAUGCGACAUCAUGGCUGCCAACAUGCCGCGAUGCAUGGAGGUCUUCGACAUAUGCAACCGGAACCCUGAUCCAGCCAUUUGCCAUGCUGCGUCGGAAGUAUGCUACGAGGGCAUAAUCGGAUGGUAUGAUGACGAGUCUGGGGAGGGUGGUCGGAAUCGAUUUGACAUAACUGCACCCUGCGCCAUUGACGGCGUCUGCUACAUCGAAGCGGCUCGUAUCGAGCGAUACCUGAACACGCCCGCAGUUUGGGCUGCUUUAUCACCACCUAAGGAAAUCAAAGAAUACAAGGUCACCUCCGAAAAUGUGCCGCGCGCAUUCGAUCGCACUUCGGACGAGAUGACGCCUGCGUCGGAGCAAAUUGCUUAUCUGCUUGCGAAUCAGGUACAUUUCCUCGCGUAUCAGGGAAAUCUCGAUUUGGCGUGUAAUACGGCGGGUAAUCUGCGCUGGGCGCAUUCUCUGCCGUGGAGGGGUCAGGUCGAAUUUACCUCCAAGCCACUGCAGUCAUGGAGUUGGGUGGAUGUGAUAUCCGGAAAGAGCGGAGUGGCUGGAACGACGAAGGAGGUGAGGGUGAAGGUUAGUGAGAGUACGGAUAAGGAGUCGAGGUUUGCGCUGGUUACAGUUGAUGGGGCAGGACAUUUUCUUCCCCAAGACAGACCCGAUGUGGCGUUGGAUAUGAUGGUGCGGUGGAUCUAUGGCGCAUCGUUCACUGAGUGA